UCAUUAGCGGGGAGCGUGACACCUCUGUCUGUCCGUCUGUCUGUUUAUAUCUCUUUUACUGUCUGCGUGUCGGACUAAGAGAGACGGAGACUGAAGAGAAACAGGGUUGGCGGGACUUUACUCGCUCCUGGAUGCUGGACCCAUACAGCUUGGUGAGGUCAGAUCUUACCACGGUGCUGAAGACAUCUACAGAAAAGAAGAAGUGUAUGACAGCAGAGUUCCAACCUGAUGACUCCUCAUUUCUCUCCUUGACCACAGACGCAAUAACAACACUCCGAGACAUACAGACAUACAGCCAGACACAGAGCUGGAAAAGAUCCAGGAUGGUGCUGUACCUGGCCUUUCUGCUGGGGAUCCUGCCCACUGCAGCUCAAGCACAAUGGCGGUAUCCUGUAAUCAAGCUCAACUCCCAACUCGUGGUUGGGUCUGAAGUAGUACUGAACCCUGGCACCCCAUUAGUCCUGAGGUGUGAGGGUGAUGGGCCAGUCAACUGGCUGACCCGGUUGGCCAAACACAAGCGCUUCAUCUCCAAGGUCAAGGGGAGAGUCAGAACCUUCAGGGUGGACCGUCCCUCUGCAGAACACACUGGGACCUAUAAGUGUGAAUAUACCAGUGUGAACGUCAAGGGCCAGAACUUGUUUUCUACAGUGCACGUGUAUGUGAAAGACCCAGACAACCUAUUUUGGACCAGCAGCACGUCCCUGAGUGUGGUGAGGAAGGAGGGGGAGAACUAUCUGCUCCCCUGCCUGCUAACUGACCCAGAGGCUACAGACCUGGGGCUCCGCAUGGACAACUGCACCUCCGUACCCCCAGGCAUGAACUACACAGCAGACCCCCGCAGAGGCAUCCUUAUCCGCAACCUCCAACCCAGCUACAAUGCAGACUAUGUCUGUAGCGCCAAGCUCCACGGGGUGGAGAGGACGUCCAAGGCUUUCUCCAUCAACAUCAUUCAAAGGCUGCGUUUCCCACCUUACGUAUUCCUGGAGAAGGAUGAGUAUGUUCGUAUCGUGGGAGAGAAGCUGAGAAUCCACUGCACCACACACAACCCUAACUUCAACUACAACGUCACCUGGAAUUACAAGAGGGCAAGCACUGUCAGAAGAUCCACCAUAGAGGAGAAUGUCCAGUCUAAGGACAGCCGUCUGGACAUUGAGAGCAUCCUGACCAUCCCUGCAGUAGACCAGUCAGACACAGGGAACAUUACCUGCACUGGAACCAAUGAGGCUGGAGUCAAUAGCUCUGCCACCUACCUGCUGGUCGUAGAGGAGCCCUACAUCCGUCUGUCCCCCCAGCUGUCCUCCAAGCUAGCCCACCAAGGCCUGUCCAUUGAAGUGAACGAGGGGGAGGACCUGAAGCUCUGUGUCCUGAUCGAGGCGUACCCCCAGAUCAUAGCCCAGAGCUGGGACACCCCAACGUCCUCGCCCACACAGGAACACAUCUUCACGCGCUACAACAACAGGUAUUCCGCUACCCUGCUGCUAAAGAGAAUGAUUGCACAAGAGCAAGGCCAGUACACCUUCUAUGCCAGGAGUGCCAUGGCCAACGCAUCCAUCACAUUCCAAGUCCAAAUGUAUCAGAAGCCGGUUGCCGUGGUGAGAUGGGAGAACAUCACCAGCCUCAUGUGUACGUCGUUCGGUUAUCCUGCUCCCAUCAUCCUCUGGUACCAGUGCUCUGGAAUCCGAGCCACGUGCAAUGAGAACAACACAGGUCUCCAGAUGCCUGCUCCUCUCCUGGCACAGACGGUGAAGGUCCAGAGGGAGGAGUACGGGCCAGUCGAAGUCGAGAGCGUCCUAACCGUGGGACCGUCCAACCGUAGGAUGACCGUGGAGUGUGUCGCCUUCAACCUGGCCGGAGUUGGCAAAGACACCUUCGCCAUGGAAGUUUCCGAUAAAGUGUUCACCUCCACCCUAUCGGGAGCAGCUGGUGUUCUGGCCUUCCUCAUCCUGCUACUCAUCAUCCUGCUCUACAAGUACAAGCAGAAACCGAGAUAUGAGAUCCGGUGGAAGAUCAUCCAGGCCAGUGAUGGAAACAACUACACCUUUAUCGACCCAAGUCAGCUGCCAUACAAUGAAAAGUGGGAGUUUCCCAGGGACAAGCUCAAGCUAGGGAAGAUCCUAGGAGCCGGGGCCUUUGGGAAGGUGGUGGAAGCCACGGCUUAUGGUCUGGGGGAGGACGACAACGCGAUACGAGUGGCUGUCAAGAUGCUCAAAGCCAGGGCCCACUCAGAUGAGAGAGAGGCUCUGAUGUCAGAACUGAAGAUCCUGAGUCACCUGGGACAGCACAAGAACAUCGUCAACCUGCUGGGAGCCUGCACUCAGGCAGGACCCGUACUGGUGAUCACAGAGUACUGUAGUCAUGGAGACCUUCUGAACUUCCUGCGACACAAGCAGGAGACCUUCCUGAACACUGUCAUGAACAUGCCAGAGGUACCAGAAGAGACCAGCGACUACAAGAACGUCUGUGAGGAGAAACAGUUCAUCAGAAGUGACAGUGGGAUCUCCAGUGUGUCUUCUGACAGCUACCUGGAGAUGAGGCCUGGUCCCCAGCCCGUCAACUCCUCUCUGGACUCUCUGUGUGAGGAGGGAGGGCCAGACUCGUGGCCGUUGGACAUGGAUGACCUGCUGAGGUUCUCCUAUCAGGUGGCUCAAGGUCUGGACUUCCUGGCAGCCAAGAACUGUAUUCACCGGGAUGUUGCAGCCAGGAACGUCCUCCUGACAGACCGCCGUGUGGCUAAGAUCUGUGACUUCGGCCUGGCACGUGACAUCAUGAAUGACUCCAACUAUGUGGUGAAGGGCAAUGCACGUCUGCCAGUGAAGUGGAUGGCUCCGGAGAGUAUUUUUGAUUGUCUCUACACUGGCCAGAGUGACGUCUGGUCCUAUGGGAUCCUGCUAUGGGAGAUCUUCUCUCUAGGAAAGAGCCCCUACCCCAGUAUCCUGGUGGACACCAAAUUCUACAAGAUGAUAGAGUCUGGUUAUCAAAUGUCCCGGCCAGACUUUGCCCCUCCAGAGAUGUAUACGAUCAUGAAAAUGUGCUGGAAUCUGGAGCCAACAGAGCGACCCACCUUCAGUAAAAUCAGCCAGCUGAUUGAGAGAGUCCUUGGGGAGCAGCCCGAACAUCUAGACCAGUACCAGAACAUCCAGCAACAGGACAUGGUGAUUGAGGAGUUGGAGCCAUGUGAUGAUGACGACAAGACAAAGUUUUGUGAUGGCUCCUGUGACCAGUCCUGUGAGCAUGAAGAAGAGGAGCAACCUCUGAUGAAGACCAAUAACUAUCAGUUCUGCUAAAAACUCCCUGGCAUCAUCGAACUAUCCACAUUCUGAUCUGAAAUUCUUCAUUCAUUCUAUCUUCUGCUCACUGUAGAAUCAUUCUAGGAGCGUAUAUUCAUAGAAAUGGAAUUGGGAUAUUUUCGUAAAGCAAUGAAUGCCUGAAAAGCAAUUUUUAAGUUCUCUUUUGGCUUGUAGAUAGACAGGCAGCUGAAAAAGUAAUGUGACUUGCUAUAUACUGUGACUUGAGAUACCAUGUCUUACGCAGGAGAUAAUUGAUCUAAUCACAGAUAGUGCCUUAGUUAUGUACUUAAUAUAUGGAAUGCCUUAUUGUAUGUUCAUUAAUGACUUUUUCUUCUUCUAUGGUUUGAGAUUUUCUCUUUUAAGUCUAUGCACCAACGAUGGACAUAGUGUUCUGUCCACAGGCUUCUAGUUAUUUCCUCUGUUCGUACAUACUGUGCUGUUGGCACUAUGGUGAGAUUGAACAGACUGUUCUGUCCACAGCCUUCUAGCUCUGUCCUCUGUUCGUACAUGUUGUUUUGUUGCCACUAUGGUGAGAUUGUUGAUUUCUUAGUUGUAGAAAAGAAUCCUGCUGUGGUGUUUUAAUUCACGUUUGUCAGCGGGUUCACUUCCACAUUGUUGAACAAGCUUUUUUUUAACAUGCUAUAUGCAGUUUUCAGAGGCAGCAACAAGACAGUAGCAAACAUUGCAGAUUUUUGAAUGUUUGCCUAUAUAUGUUGGGCCAGUAAUUGAAAGGUCACUGGUUCAAAUCCCUCAAGGUGAAAAAUCGGUUGCUGUACCCCAAUUGCUUCAGGGACGUCAUUAAUAAUGGCUGAUCAAGGCUGUGACCCCACUCUCUGUGGGUGUCUCGGGGAGAGUUGGGAUAGAGAGAGAGACAUUAUGUAACAUUAUAUGCUAUGGCAGGGAACGAUCAGGAUGAAAGGAAGAUAAAAAUGUGGAUCCAAGUAUGGACAAUACAAACACGUGUUUGAUGGCCAUGUACUGUUAUAAUCGCCACCAGGCACAGCCAGAAGAGGACUGGCUCAGAGCCUGGUUCCUCCCUAGGUUUCUUCCCAGGUUCCUGCCUUUCUAGGGAGUUUUUCCUAGCCACCGUGCUUCUACAUCUGCAUUGCUUGCUGUUUGGGGUUUUAGGCUGGGUUUCUGUACAGCACUUUGUGACUUCGGCUGAUUUAAGAAGGGCUUCAUAAAUAAAAUGUGAUUGAUUUAUUUGAUACCAUUCCACUUAUUCUGCUCCAGCCAUUACCACAAGCCUGUCCUUACCAAUUAAGGUGCCACAGACCCCCUGUGAUAUCUAUACCGCUCAAUAUUUUGAUGUUCAUCAUCAAUAUGAUAAAACGUGUGAAUUAUGGCACAAAAAUACUGCUUCGUUGUUUUGAAUGUAGCAUUCAGCUAAUACUGCCUACUGUAAUUACCACGAUGUCAGAUAAAAGCUAGAAGUUAGUUAAUGUCUAUAUGUCAGCUAUAAGUCAGGUAACAGUUACUUGGAUUGUUAGCAGCUAUUCUGAAUACUGUUGCAGAGGAAAUGAGAGAAAAGUAAGAGAUGUCUAGGUAGUGUAUGUAUGGUGUAAUGUAAAUGAAUAAAUGUUUAAUUUUCACUUUACUGCUUGAAAGCCAAAAACAGAUUCUUUGUCAUUAAAUCCUUUUAGUUGUUUGCUAACCAAAUCGCUGUACUGUCUUGGAAGGAAGGAGUGUAAUUAUAUUCAGACAAUAUGCAAAAAAAAAGAAACUGAAAUAAAGAUGCCUUGCUUCCCUUGGAUAUACAACA